CCGGCACCGCCCUGCAGCGCCAGCGAGCACCUGGGACGGGCGGCGGGAGCAGCGGCUCACAGGACCCGCGUGUUGCUAUGCGAUAGAGCCAUGCAAACCAGAAAGAGAAGUUAAUGUGAUCAUGCAAAAUGAAAACAAUUUCACAAGAACAGCACCCCUGCCAACUCAAACCAAAUCCAAAGCAAAAUUCCACAGUUGAAACCCAAAACACAGCAAAACAUGCCAGAUGCAAAAGAUCUUUGCAAUGAGUUACCCGGGCUAUCCCCCAGCGGGUGGAUAUCCACCAGCUGCUCCAGGUAGCAGUCCUUGGGGUGGUGCUGCCUAUCCACCUUCAAAUCCACCUCCAAUUGGUCUGGAAAAUGUGGCUGGCUAUGCCAACCAGUUCAAUCCCAGCCACAUGGCUGGAAUGGCAUCCAACCUGGCAGGGACCUUUGGAGGGGCAAAUGUACCACAAAACAUGUAUCCUUCCACACCUGGGGGUUAUCCACCUGUUCCUCCAGGUGGCUUUGGGCAACCCCCGCCAGGACAGCAGCCCUCGUACGGAGGGUAUGCUCCCCCUGGAGGAAAUCCACCAUCCGGAAUGCCCUCUUAUCCAGGGUAUGGAGGCGGCCCUGUGCCAGGCCAGCCCACACCACCACCUGCUCAGCAGCCUAUGAACUAUCCAGGAUUUCCAGCAGCUCACCCAGGGCAGCAGCCCAUGCCAAAUUACCCAGCAGGUCCAGCUGUGAACCCAUCUAUGCCCUCUUACUCAGGAACUACAGGGCCUGCAGUCACUCCUCUAACACAUGGAAACCGAGGUACCAUCACUGAUGCACCAGGUUUUGACCCUCUGAAGGAUGCAGAAGUCUUAAGGAAGGCCAUGAAAGGAUUUGGAACCGAUGAGCAGGCCAUCAUCGAUUGUCUUGGAAGUCGUUCAAACAAGCAACGGCAGCAGAUAAUCCUGUCCUUCAAAACAGCUUAUGGAAAGGAUUUGAUCAAGGAUCUCAAGUCUGAGCUAUCAGGUAACUUUGAGAAGACAAUCUUGGCAAUGAUGAAGACACCUGUCAUGUUUGAUGCUUAUGAAAUCAAGGAAGCUAUAAAGGGCGUUGGCACAGAUGAAAACUGUCUCAUUGAAAUCUUAGCUUCCCGCAGUAAUGAGCAUAUUCAGGAACUUAACAGGGUCUAUAAAGCAGAAUAUAAGAAAACUCUGGAGGAAGCAAUAAAAAGUGACACAUCUGGACACUUUCAGAGACUUUUAAUAUCACUUGCUCAGGGAAACAGAGAUGAAAGUACAAAUGUCGACAUGUCUGUUGUCCAAAGAGAUGUACAGGAGUUGUAUGCAGCUGGAGAGAACCGUCUAGGAACUGACGAAUCCAAAUUCAAUGCCAUUCUGUGUGCAAGAAGCAGGGCCCACCUUAGAGCAGUCUUCAGCGAGUACCAGAGGAUGUGUAACCGGGACAUCGAAAGCAGCAUAUGUCGUGAAAUGUCUGGAGACCUGGAGAGGGGCAUGCUGGCAGUAGUUAAGUGUCUCAAGAACACACCAGCUUUUUUUGCAGAGAGAUUAUAUAAAGCAAUGAAGGGAGCGGGGACAAAGGACAGGACGCUGAUCCGGAUCAUGGUAUCGCGCAGCGAGGUUGACUUGCUGGACAUACGUGCAGAGUACAAGCGGAUGUAUGGCAGAUCUCUCUACUCAGAUAUCACUGGUGAUACUUCAGGAGACUACCGGAAAAUCCUACUCAAGUUGUGUGGUGGAAAUGACUAAAUGGAGCAUUGAGCUUUUCUUUAAAAAGCUGCAAUUUUCAUGUACUUGCUGCAAAGCAUCUUUUUUCCUCCAUAAGUAAAUAUGUAAUGACUUGUUUCUUCUAAAGCAAUUACAUUUUAAAUAAUAUUGCAUAUAUCUUCAGUUCAAAAGUAGUAGGUAAUAAAUGCCAAAACCCCCCAAAAUACCCAGCUUAUGUGCUGUCUACUCAGGAUUCUGUAUAGCACCCUUGGCAAUCCUUGAAUGAGUGGUCAUUAUUUCUUUUUUGCUUCUAUCAUGCUGAAAUAAUGUUUGUUUUAUGAAAAAUCACAGUUGUGUGAUUUAAGAUUUUUUUUGUAUAAACAUUGAGUGCAAUUUUAAUGCAAGUUUUAUAUCUAUUGUAUGUAGAGUUGGUUAGCCUACUUCCUGAUAUGUGGAGAUAGCAGCCUCGAGAUUUUGUGUCAAGUUAAGACUGUUUUAAAGAAGUUUUGUCAAGUUCUAUUUUUUACCUUGAUUAUUUUCAAGGAAGAUAUGUUCCACAUUUCAUUCUUGCUAAGGCAGACUGUCCCAAGGCAGUAGUAAUGUUGACAGUAGUAAAGAUUCUGUCAUUAAUGUUUAAAGGUUUUGGAUAGUGCCUUAAAUAUAUGUAUGUAAGAAGAGAUUAUGAAAUUAAAGCUGUCUGAGUCUUUGCAGACUGUG